GUUCAACAACGAGCGUUUGAGAAGCAGUAAAAGCUAAAGAAGAAGAAGCUGCUCGGUCCUCUGUAGCGUUAAAGUGACCUCUGUUGCUAACUGUAUCUGAAACUAUGAUUCCUCCAGUUGCAGUGUCGCCUUUGAUUAAGACAGCCAGGUAUUCAGCUUUGAUUGUCGGGAUCAUAUAUGGCAAAAGGAGAUAUGAUCGCCUGAAGCCAAUUGCAGCAGAAGAAAGGAGGAUUGAGGAGGAGGAGAAAAAGAUCCGUGAAGAGCAGGAGCGCAUUGCCAAGCAGCUUGCAGAAGCAAAUGAAGACACCAUUCUGAAAUAAAGCUUUGGGAAUGCUGUUUGAGGAUGUCCUCGUCCAUGUGCAAUUUCCAACCUCUUUCUCCUUUUUCUGGAGUAGCAAUGGUAAAGUGGGGUCACUGCCGCUCAGAAGCACUCCCGUUUUGUGGACAUGCUCACUGUUACCUUUAAAAUAAUACAACGCUCCUCUGGAUUUCCAGAUGGUGUAAUUUAAUGUUAGUAAUGGAUUAUGAAAAAGGCUUUUGAACUCACUGUUGUAAAAUUGCAAAUGCAACUACACUCAUAAGUUAUUGUUUAUAUUACAGCAAUGCCAUAAAUGCUCUGUAGUCUUUGACCAGCACUGUUCUUCUUCAACCAGCUAAUUCUUGAUUACUUUUGCAGUCAAGAACUUUGUUUGCAUUAAAUGUAGAAAUAUUUAAUUUGCUGGUUUUAGAUCAUGUACAGUUGCGUUUCUACUGCCAGCAACUUUUUGGAUGACUGGUUCCACCUGCUUUGCUUCAAAAGGUGCAGAAGUGUCUUGAGAGCCAUGAAGCUGGUUAAUUUAAACAUCUAAUUUCUUCUUAAUGGUAAAGCAUUCAUAAAACUUGCAUCUGCAAUGAAAUGAGGACUGCAACAAUUUCUUUCCCUGGUUUUGUGCAGCUCUGUAAUGAAUCUAAAGUCCUGUGAACGUUGUGAUGAAAGCACUGUUCACUCCAACCUCACUCGAAGAACAAAGUUUAUCAGUGCACACAUGAUUUAUAUGUUCAGUCUCAUCUUAAUGGAAACGACCAACUUCUAGGAGCUAUUUGAGGUAUUAUGUCCACUUUUUCCAGCCUUCACUUUAAUAAAGUUAUAAGAAUAA